GGAAAAUCCAAACGUAACGCCGAGCUGCCGUGCGUUCUCCUGUUGUGUUUACGUUCAUUCACUUUAACUAACUUUACAGAGGUCGACGGUUAAAAAAAUACACAACUGGAAACAAUCCGAUUUGAUAACGAGAAUGCAGAGGAUCUCCCGUUUGAAGCGUGAGCUCCAGAUGCUGAGCACAGAGCCUCCUCCAGGGAUGACAUGCUGGCAGACUGAAGGACAAAUGGAUGACCUCCGAGCGCAAAUAGUCGGUGGAGUAGGUACUCCGUAUGAAGGGGGACUUUUCUCCUUGGAAAUCAAGGUCCCGGAAAGGUACCCUUUUGAGCCCCCCAAAAUACGGUUCUUGACACCCAUCUACCAUCCCAACAUUGACAAUGCAGGACGCAUCUGUCAUGACGCUCUUAAACUCCCACCCAAGGGUGCCUGGAGACCGUCCCUCAAUAUCUCCACAGUCCUCGCCUCCAUACAGUUGCUGAUGGCCGAACCCAACCCAGAUGACCCACUUAUGGCUGAUAUAUCGUCAGAGUUUAAACACAACAAACCGCUUUUCCUGGAGAAGGCCAGAAAGUGGACCAAGGAAUACGCCGUUGAGAAGAACACGGGGUUGGCGGAGGGCGACAAAGAAAACACUCCAGAUUCCCAGUAUUCCCGCAAGAGAGAGGCUCCCCAAGAAGUGCGGCAGACAGAGGAGAGGCCACAGGAAUUCAAGAAAACCUGUUUGUAGACCACCAUUACAUCUACUUAUUAAAGUCAACACAACGCUGCUUCA